UGUCGUCGGCAUUCGCACUUUGUUUACAUACACACCGAGUUCCGUUUUUUUUUGUUUUGUGCGAAACACCGCAAACGACGUGAUUCUCCAAGGACAGAUAAGUCAAGUGCAAGAGUGUUGUUUUUUGUGGUCCCCCAGGGUUCGUCUGCUAAGCUUGACUCAGUUCACAGAAUCUAAUCCCGCUCUCCUGCUGCGGAUGGCCUCGAAUGCGCUGCUGGGCAAGCUGAUUUUGGCGCUCACGUUGUCCGUCUUUGCGUACUACUUCUUCUGGGUUGGCGUACUGCCGUUCAUGGUGAUUGACUCUAGCGACGCCAGCUGGAUUCAUUCGCUGUUCCCGGAUAGGAAGUUUGCAUUUUUGGUUCCGGCUGUUUUUGGAGUGUGCUUCAUCGGAGGACUGUCGGUAUUUACGCUGUAUCACUUGAGGAGAGCCAAGCAGAACUGAUACCAUUAACAAGUCCACCUCGAGGCUCGAUGCACGAUGGAGACGUGGCUGGUGAUCGGAAUCUCCGGCGUUACCAACGGCGGUAAAACCACGCUGGCCAAAUCGCUGCUCAGCUACUUCAGCGACAACCUGAACAAGAUCAUCUUU